AUGACUUUGCCUAGUUUUGGGCUUCAACUAGUGUGGACAUUGAUAUUCUCGCAAGGGAAUCCUUUAGUAGGAUGGUUUAGUGACACAUCAUCUCGCAGUCGACGAAAGCCACUUUUGGUGAUUGGUGCUGCUGGAAUUGUGUUCUUUCUGUCUGUCUUGGCUUGGGUGCCCAGUAUUGCAUCAGCUCUAAAGGGGGCGUUUUCCAUGGGUGAAGAAGCUCAGAAGCUGACUAAGAUUUUCUUGGCUAUAUUGUCCAUCCUUGGUCUCAAUUUGUUCAUUCAGCCAUAUCAGAUCGCUUCCAGGUGUAUGCUGUACGACACCUGCCCACCUACGCAGCAACUACAAGCAAGUGCAUGGAACAGCAUGGCGAUCAGCCUUGGUAAUAUAUUAGGGUAUUUGAUGGGUGUAGUGGAUCUUCCGAUGCCUACCACACUUCCAACAUUGACCAAGUUACAAAGGACCACUUUGUUAAUAGCUGCAUCUUUGCUGAUUUGCACAAUGUUGGCAUACAUGUUCACAACUGAAGCAAGGAAUGAUACCUACCACUUGGAGUCAGUCAUAUCGAACUCAUGUUCUCCCCGACAUAUACUUCAAAAUAUUACACAGACCGGCUGGCUUGUGUCCCGUGUCACAUCAAGGAUCCUUGAGACGCAAUUUCUACAUUGGAUGGGAUGGUUCACAGUAAUCUAUUAUCACACCAGACGCGUGGCUAACGUCUGGUGUCUUACAAGUUACAUCGCCGGACUCCACGCAAAGCAUUCUACAGUAGCAUCUCCAGAUUCCGAUGAUGCCAAUAUACAAGCGGGUUCUCUUUCAGGACUUUAUUUUGCCAUAGUGUCGUUCAGUGUGAACUCGCUGUGUGUUACCAUUUUCAACCAGAUAUCAUUGACCAACGGUGCAUCUUCAAGACGGAGAACAGAACCCUGCUUUGCACUCAACCUCUCGAUCUACGAUCUCUGGAUAUUCGGCCAAUUGCUCUUCUUCUUAGCUGCAACAGUUGGCACAUGUUUUGUAGACACCGUCUCGGGUGGAACAUUUUUGAUGUCCAUUCUAGGCGUUCCAGGAGCACUGAACAGUUGGAUCCCGUACGGUAUCGUUGGGUCCGAAAUCACUGAAAGGGAUCUCCCUGCCGGCAUGAUGUCUAGCCUUCAGAAUGCGGCAAUCUCAGCACCACAAAUACUAUCUGCUGCGGUCUGUGCAGUAAUCCUGGAAGUCGUCAGAGUGCUCGGCGGAACAGGCGAUGUUGUUUGGACAAUGAGGUUUGGAGGCUGUGUGGCUUUACUAGCCAUCUAUCCAAUAAACUGCCUGAGGCUGAAUGCAUAG